CCUCGGGUGUUUUGGCUGAACAGUCAGGGAAACCAAAUCACAGCUGAAUCUACAAACAGUGCCAAAGGUUCUGAUGGCCUCUAUACUGUCAGCAGCACUGUGACUGUGAACAAGAGACAGACUUACAGUCUCACCUGCAGAGUCCAACAGAAGAACAUCAACCAGACUGAAGAAGCACAUAUCCAUGUAUCAGAAAUCAGCAUACAUGAUGAGGAUGAAAAUGAACUACAUCAAACAGAGAUGGAGGAAAAAUUACAGAAAGAAUGUGAGGAAAACUUGAAGAGGCUUGAAGAGGAGUUGCAGAACAAUGAGGACGACUUAAAACAUGUCAGACAAACCAUUGAAAAACUGAUGGAGCAGAAGACAUCUCUGAAGAAGCAGAGCGAAAAACUCAACACACUACUGCAGGAGGACAAGGCAGGGAUGAAAGAGAUCACAAAAAAAGAGACAGAAACCCAAUUACUUGACAAAGAGAAAAAAAAGAAUAAGCGUGAAGAUAAAAAAAUUGACCUGGAAAUUAGAAUAGAAGUACAUGAUGGACUGUUAAAGAUGACAGAAAAGCUAAUGGAGGAAACGGAGAACAUUAUAAUCCAAAUGACAGAAAGAAAGGGAGAGCUAGAAAAAGACAAGGAACAAAUUAUUAAACACUUGAGAGAGAAAUAA